ACUCUGCCACAGCAGCAGAGUCCGUGCCAGGCACGAUGGACUCUAUUUCCUUCCAGCAGUACAUCUGCAAUUUGGAUCCCACUUCCCUGCCAAGAGUGGUGAAGAUCUGCUCUGGCGUCUACUUCCAAGGGUCUGUUUAUGAAAUCUUGGGCAGUGAAUGCUGUUUAUCAACAGGAGACCUCAUGAAGAUCGUAGAUGUUCAGCUCCAGAAAGUCACCUGUGAAAAUAUGGAGAACGGGCACAUGUUUGAUCUGCCGCAGGAUUUCAAAGGUCUUUUUCAGCCCAUUCCAGAAACGCCAGGUGGUACCCAGAAGAAACCCUUCUCUCUGAACCCCUUCUCGACCCAGAGCAAAACCGCAGAGUUCUGUGGGCGACUGUACAGUCUCCAGGAAGUCUUGCGGUCCGCUGCUGUGCGGCAGAAGAGGCUGUCGUGUCUCGAGAUUGGCAGGAGCGAGUUCCAGCUCUACCCUGUGUACAAAGUGAAAGCAAUCAUGCACUUUCGAAACGGCGUGGUGAAAAUUGACUCGACGCUGGAUGUUGAGGUGGUCGAUGUCACUGAGGAGUCUCGUGACGUCUACUUUAUCAAGCCGUUGAUGCUGAGUGAGGUCCUGCUAUCGGAUCACAGGCUGCCGGUGGAGGCCGAGAUCCUUGAGGCACCGGAACUCCCAAUUGCUUUCCAAAGUGACUGGGUUUCCUGCCUCUCUAAGGGCUGUAGGGUCCAUAUCCACAGCAAAGGGUCAUCGAGGCAAAUCCUAGCCUCCUCCCAGCAGGGCAAGAAAGGGGCCUGCCACUACUUCCUCCUCUCCAGCAGCUACAAAGGGACCUUUCGCCGAUGCCCACGCAAGUUCAGCUCCACCACGGAGUUGGCUCUCAGCCUCGGCCCGGCCAGGAAACUGCAGGUGGUGGUCACAAAGGACCACAACAGCAGCGAGGAGAUGCCACUGUUCACUGUCGGGGACCGGCUAAGAGUCCUGAGCCUUGCCAGGGCAGACAAUCCUUCCGGCAUGGACAUGCUUGUGUGCUGCAGGGACAAUGGAGAGGAGGAGGAAGAGGAGGAGCAGGUCCGGCUGCCUCUCUUCUUGGAAGCUGGCUUUGUGGAAGACCUCAGAGACAACAAGAAGUAUACUCUCAGUGAAGUUGUGCAGGAGCUCCAGCUCCCCUGCGAAGUCAAGGUGGUGCCCAAGGAUGCUGCUGACCCUCUAGGCAGUGUCUCCAUCCUGAGGCUGGAGGCCCAGAUCAAAGAACACUGUCUCCUGGUCAGCUUGGCCAACGAGCCGUCCCUUGCCUUUGAGAUUCCUCCAAAGUGGAUGGACGUGCCUCUUUUCUUCACCGAAGGCUCGGAGAAGCCCUCACCUCCCACCAGCUGCUCCAAGGUGGAGGAGCUGAGUGAGGCCUUUUAUUAUCACUUGCUGAAGCUGCUGCCCAGCAACGUGCCUCCGCCUCCAAGGCCCCCUAAGCGGAGGGAUUCCAAGCUCAACAAUUGCCCCGAAAAGCCCGGAGAAAGGAAGACUAGUGCAGCGGAGAUCUCUAAGCCGCCUUUUAGAGAGUCAAAGUCUCAAGAAUCUGCAAAAACAGGAGCGCGUCAGGAUUCUCUGAGAUAUCCAAACCAGUACACCAUCCAAUAUGGACCACAAAGGCCCCCGAAGCCCACCAAACCUUGCUUCCAAGUCACAGGGACAUCAGCCAGCGACGACUCUGACCACGACUAUGAGGAACUUUGUGAAGAAGUUCAAAAGACAGUUCACAAGCUGCAAAGAGCUAGUAUUAAGCACUGAGACUCUCAUGAAUCAGGUCACAGGCUCAGUUCUUUUGUCCUCAUCUCUCUCCACCACGCUCUGGAUAGUGAAGGUUGCUGCUUGUUCUCACCUUUUCCCAUUAUUUCUGGACAGCAGCUGCCAUCUUGCUUUGGAAACAAAGGCCGAGAGCUAGAGUGGCCAAAAACUACAGGACAGGACUCUAAUCAGCACUUCCAAUGCUAGCACACAGGAGGACCGCAGUUUCCUUCCUUAAGUAUAAAGACCAAAGAGUGAGUUAUCUUUAGAGCCUUGUAUGACAGUGUCUGUGCUCAUGCUUUUUAGCAGGGCAUGACCUAAGGUUAGGUGAGCACUAACAUGGUAGCACAAAGUUAUAGAAGCUUCUUAAUAUUUUAACAAACUACCCUGAGAUCAGACACACAAGGCUUUCAUUGCAUUUGUAAAGUGCUGGAUGCUGUUGACAAGGGUUUGCGUUAGCAUGAUUAUAUGGUUUGUGGUUGGGUGGUUUUUUGCGUGCUUUGUAAUCUUUCCUUAACCAGUCAAGCAUUCAUCCUUGACUAGAAAAAAACAGGUGAAUGACCUUCGUGUCUGUACUGUAAUGCACCUAGUGGUGUGCAUCUUGCAUGGUCCGUGUUGCCUUUUUAUCUGCUUUUAAAGCUGCUACCCAAGAAAGAGCAAAGCCUUGCCUUCUGCUCCAGUUUGUUCUCUAAAGGAGUAUCCAGUUGUUAGAAUAAAAGCUGGGAUUAUCUGGGUUUUGCAGGAGAUUUUACAUGAGAAGCCAUGGCAAGAUUGUGGAACACGGUAUCCUAGGACAAAACAAGACCAGCCUUACUGUCUCAGGUCAAAGGCCCAUCUACUCCAGCAUCCUGCUUCACGUACUGGCCAACUGAGUUGAUGUAGGAAGUGGGAGAAAGAGGACAAUGCUCCCCACCACUGGUAUUCAGGAGAAUGUCCCCUCCAAUCCUGGAGGAAAUAUACAGCUAUCCAGGCUAGUGGCCACUGAUAGCCCCGUCAUCCAUGAACUUGCCUCUGUCCCUUUUAAACCCAUCUAGAUUGGUGGCCAUCACCACAUCCAGCAGGAGCAAAUUCCAUAGUUUAACUACACGUUGUGUAAAGAAGUACUCUUAUCUGUCCUGAGUCUCCCCCUAGAACUUACCUUCAAGGUAACAUUAGUCCCAACUAAAAAGGCCCAAACAUUGUAGUCUUUCCUCAGAGGAGUCACUCCAGCCCACUGAUCAUUUUGGUUACCCUUCUCUGCACCUUUCCCAACUCUACACUCCCCCGUAAAGGUGCCGUGACCAGAACUGUACACAGUAUGCUGGGUGCAGCUGCACCAAAGGUUUAUCUAAGGGCAUCACUGGAGGAGGAAGGGCUUUUUGGGGAACCUGCUACAGCUGCCACUUGGUUGGAGUAUCUGCUUUUGCUGUUGCUCCUCUCUCUUCCAGCUACUGCCUUAUUUAACCAGAGUGCUACCGGAGGCAUAAGCCAAAGGGCUCUCAGCCUGAGGUGAUCAGCUGAGGCAUGACAACCUUGACCUUCAUUCAGAAGAUUAUCUAGCCCUCCAGCCUUUUCCUCUAGCUUGAUACUAUCCUUAAGGUGCAGUAACCAGAACUGUACACAAUACCAGGUGCCGUCACACCAUAGAUUUCUAUAAGGGCAUUACUACAUCAGCAGUUUGAUUAUGACAGAAUCAUGUCAGCGAAAGGAGAAAGAUA